CGACUCUGCAUGAACACCGUCCCUGCGCAUACCCCUCCCCAGUACACCAGAUCGUCUCCGAAGACGUCCCCCGCCAGAAAUUCCUCCAACGGGAGCUCGUCGUCCACCACAGCUUCCGCCGAGCUCGCACUGCAACGCCAGUACAUGCGCGAACAUUGGCAAUCGGGGUCAGGUGGCGUCCACGAUGGCGGGCCGAUCUCCCUGCAACCCGUCGAUGCGAUGUACUCGCGCCCUGCCACAUCGGGCAAUCUCCCGGACGCGAUGAAUUCCUCGCCUGGGGCGUAUCCCGCUUUCGGCGACAUUGGGCAGGAAAGGGAGGGGUACUAUCAACCAUCAUAUCCACCAAACGCUCCUUUACCUCCUACAACCCCUAUCCGAGUCGGGAACCAACGACUUCCAUACGACCCUUACGGCUCGCAUCACACCCAACAACCACACCAACAAACGCAUCAAUACCCGCCUACAGCAUCGAGCAGUCGCCUCCCGCUGGCCGUGAACCCGACGCCGAACAUGACCAACAUACCCCAUCAGUCUCAGUCUCCGGUCGGUUCCUCAUCUUCCCUUGUCCCAUUCCACGAGCGCUUCAUGACAUACGACCAACAGCGCUUCGAUCCCCUUUACAAAGUCAGCAACCACAGGAACGCGCCAAACGCCGCUGUCGUCGCGCCUAGCCCUCCCGCCGUCUUUGUUCCUGGUGCUGGUGUUAGUGCUGGCGCCGGCGCAAGCACUUCACACAGCCACACAGGCUGGCCCGCCCCCGUUGCUGCGCCACAGGGCGCGUAUCCUCACCACCCUCAGCAACAGCAACAACAACAGGUGCCGAUGGGCUACGCCCAGAGCAGCAGCGCGUAUCCACAGGGACACCACGGACAGCAGCAGCAGCAGUACGGCCAAGGGUACUCGCAAUGGCAAGGCCAGGGUCUUGGCCACGUCCGCAGUGGAUCGUCGUCAUCGUCAAACCAGUCGGCGGCGUCGCCGCAGAGCUUUGUGUCGCACAGCCUCAGCCCUGUAUCGCCUGGUCCUAGCGCGUACCAUGGGUUCCCGUCGACUCAGAACCAGAACCAGAACCAGAAUCGGAAUCGGGGUCACAGUCGGGCGACGCAGUUCAAGGAGGUGCCCCAGCGCGACUACGAGAAGCGGGGCGGGAUCUUCAAGGAGGCGCCGCAGCCGUCGAUCGUGUUCCGCGAGGUCGGCGCUGGCGCGGGCGUUGCGGGGGUGAGGCUGGCGAAGCUUGAGAAUCUGGCUGAGCCGGAUGAGGAGGUGACGGGGGGGAUGAAGACGAAUCAGACGAUGCGUGUUAAUUGGCCCGGCUACGACAAGUGGGAGUCUCAGCUGCCCGGUCGGGACGACAGGUCGCCGAAGCGGCCCUUGUCGCGCCGUAAGCUCGCACGGAAGAUUGCGCAUAAGAUGAGCGAGUUAAUCAAGGCGCACGAGAACCAGCGCUGUUCGGAACAAUAUUUGCGCUGGAAGGUCGGCGGGCACGACGGGCUCAGGCUGGAAGACCUGUACCUCGUCGAGCUGCAGCAUAUUUCGCAGGGCAGCUGGCGUCCUGUGAUUCAUGUUCGUGCGGAUCGUGUGGCUUGAGCGUCUAAUGGCGCCCGCAUACACCCAGGGUCUUGCGACUUAUACUAUCUUUGAUCUCUUUUUCGUUUCUGUUUUCGUUUCGUUUAUGAAUUUCGCAGGGUGCUGAUAUCUAUUUCCUUUGAGUGGCUUCUGGCCGCUUACGUCUGUCUUUGAUGUUUACGACCGCUUGUCUGCAUAAUUUAUUUCCGCAGGCUCAAGUUUCAUGUUUUGGCUCCCGUUUCGUACAUCAUCAUCAACACUAUAACCAUAAUAACUGCAUCAUUAUCACGUUCAUCUCUGGCUACGACUCCUGACCGUUCUGAUUUAUUGUUCAUAAUAUUGUCUGCCUCUUCGUUUAUGAUUUACUUAUACCGGUUUCAUCUACUUUUAUAGUUACUAGCAUUGUCAGAGUUUCUUUGCACGUCUCGUUAUAUCUUACAAACACACAUGGAAUAAAUGGAUUUUAAAC